GGCCCAUAGCCCCCCUCAACUCUGCCUGAGGAGCACACCUGUGAGGUACGUGGAGAAGGUGCGGUUCCUCGGCCUCCUGUUCGAUAAAAAGUUGAGAUGGCAGGCACACAUCGACGCCGUCGAGGUCCAGAGCAGGAAAGCCCUCUCACUGUUGAGAUUUGUUGGUCGCUUUAGGUGGGGAGCGGACAGGGAGACUGCUAAAAAAUUUUGAGUCUCUGCUUUGUUCCAGGAUCUUUUAUGGAUGUAUGGCUUAUUCCUCGGCCCGAAAAACGCACCUGAGAAAGCUCGAUAGGCUCUAUUACCAGGGUCUCAGAGCAAUCUCGGGGGCGUUCAGGACCAGCCCCUUGGCCAGUCUGUGCUUCGAGCUGGGGGUCUUGCCUCCCGAACUUCGGAGAGAGCAACUCACCGUCGGUUACGCGGCCGGGUUCUUGGCCAAGACGGAGCACUCCCUCGCUAUGAAAAUCCUCCACUGCCCGUACAGAGUAGUUUACGACAGGCUUCGCUCGCGGAAGCGACCCCUCGAGAUCCGCUUCGGUGAGUCCUUAGGGAGGGCCGGAUUGGCGCUGGGGACGGUGCUACGUGUGGGGCACCGCCCGACACCCCCCUGAACCCUUCCGGCCGUACUCGUCUGCGACGAUCUGGCGAACUUGCCUAAAUCGUGUACACCGCCAUACCUGUGCAAGGCUAAGUUCCUU